AUGGAAAGUGGUGGACCAACGUAUAUGGCAUUAACUAUAUUUGCUGUGUCAUUCAUUCCUAGCUUAUCGCCGUAUGCUCUUCUUUCAUCUAAAAGACUUAAGAAUAUGUAUGAUAAGGCUAGUAUAGUCUCGGCAGGGCUUCUUUUAGCUAUUUUAUUCAUUGACUUUAUGCCGCAUUUAGUUGAAGGGGGCUGCGGCCAUUCGCACGGACACGAGCAUUCACACGCAAUUAGUAAUGUACCGGUGAAACCCCAGACAUCUGGUCAUAGCACAGCACAUGAAGCAGUGAGUGGUGCAGCCGCAUUAAACAAUGUGAUGCACGACCAUUCACAUGGGCAUAGUCGCUCACAUGAGCACACCGGCCAGACAGAGCACAGUCAUUCAUAUGAGCACACUGACCAGACAGAGCACAGUCACUCACACGAGCACGGAUCAGCUCAGUCAAGAAUAGGACUCAUUCUUGCAGGACUGACUCUAGUGGGUCUGAUCAUUAUUGACCAGAAGGUAAUAAAGCAUUCACAUUGUGACAAUGAGAAGAGCAUGGAAAAAAUCAAGGCAGAUGAAUCAACUACACAUGAGCAUGGGCAUGGUCACUCACACGGCCACAGUCAUUCACAUGGGCACAGCCAUGCAGUAGAAGUAAACAGAUUUGUGGAUGAAGAUUCUCAUGCGAAUAAGCUCGCUUCAAAGAAAUCAUCAGAAAUCAAAGGAUGUUGUACAGAAGGAUUAAAAUAUAAAACCACGAUAAAACAGGCACUUAUAUUUAUAUUCAUUUUCUCUAUUCACUCAAUAUUUGAAGGAUUUGCAUUUACUUCUGGGCAGGCAGGGCAGUCUACACUGUUCAUAGGCCUUGCAGUGCACAAAGUGCUUGAGUCAGUUACUGUGGGAGUUGCUUUGUUUUCUUCUCAAUUUAAGAAACCCGUGGUUGUUGGCCUAUUAUUAGUCUACUCCUCACUUACCCCAAUUGGAAUGCUUUCUGCAUACUUUAUCUCAAACAUUUUCAGUGGUGGGCUCAUAAAGAGUAUAUUUACAGGCAUCUCCUUUGGUAGUUUGUCAUUUAUUGUGCUGGUAGAAAUGCUGCCACCAAUUGUUCACUCUCUAACCAAUGGAAUGAAAAUAUUCUACCUUUUAUGUGGAUAUUUAGUAGGGGCAGGACUUAUUUGUCUGGCACAUUCCCAUUAGAAUUUCUGGCU